GCAUGGACAGAUCCGCUACAUUUGCGCGACUCAAAAUCUCUGACCCCUCAGAGAUAGACCUCUUUGCCCUUGCUCUGCACUGGUUUGGAAGCUCGUGUUGUUCUUCUCCACAAGACCCAGCGCGAAAUCGCUGCUUCCGUUCCAAGCUUGUCUCUCCACUAUUGAAGCAUCCCGUACGUCCUGGUCAUCGUACCAUGAGUAUCUCUGGCUACGUAGAAAUGUCUCCGGUGCUGCCAAAGACGAUCAAAGGGAGUAAAAUAGAUCCCAGUAAGAUGUGAUGAAAGGACUUUAGACCAGACUCUAGA